AUGCAGCCAGAUUUCCCAGGUGGGAGAUCCAAAGCCUCCUUCCCAGGGCAGAGCCUACUUUGGGUUCACAUCAAGUCUUAUGGACUGGUGAGCAAAACUGGCAUUCUUUGCCUGGUCUUUCCCAAGUUCUCUGUCCCCCUCUUAUCUCCUGGGAGAGGGGGAGAUCUGUAUUUUUCCACCCCCUUUCUCUCCCCUAUAGAAGCCCUUGUCCUACACUCCCUCCCUACCCUAAGACAGCUCCGGAACUGGGCAAGCCUCGACUUAAGCAAGAGGAAUGGAGAAGGCACUCUAGGCAGGAGAGACAUUAAUGAGCCUGGUUAUGGAGUGGCCCUGGAAAGGCAGGCCAGAGUGGCUGAGAGACUGGUAUACAGGGGGGUACCUGUUCUCUUGGUGAUAGUGAUGGGGGUGCCUUUCCCAGGGAGUGGGAUGGGGGUAGAUAGGGUACAUUCAGGAGGAUUUUCCUCUAUUUCUUUUUUCUAA